CAGGUGCUUAAAAGAUGGCAUCGACAAUAGAAAACUUUUACAAGAAAACAACGACGGCUGGCAUGAAAGAAUGGCCACGCGAUGCGGUCCUCUACCAACCGUACGAGGAAGAGCAGAUACUGCUGGCCGAAAAUGCGAGCUGCCUGGCGGUGCGUACCUAUCUGAAGAUGCUUAACCUACCCGUAGCACUCGAGCAGCGCGCAAACGCCGAAUUUAUCUCGCCCGGAGGUAAACGCACCAAGCUACCGGUACUACGGGUGGAAAACUUUAUCUACGCCGAGUUCGAACACAUCUCGGCGUUUGUGUUGGAAAACUUUGACAAAUCGCUGCACACGCUCCUAUCGGCCGAAAACAAAGACGUGAUGCGUUCGUUCAUCUGUCUGGCGGAACACAUUUUCACCAAUGCCGAGCAGUACGUGAGCUGGAUCGAUCCGGAGAUACGCGAUACGGUGACGAAGAAGCGCAACGGGUGCGUGUUUCCGUUCCCGCUAAACUAUGUGCAAAACUGGCGCAAGGAAGGAGCUGUUAGGCGGCAGCUGAAUUUGGCCGAUCAUCUUAAUAUAAGCCUCGAAAAGAUGAUUGCGGAGGUGGACAAGCUGUGCCAGAACUUGAGCGAUCUGCUCGGAGAUAAGCAGUAUUUUUUCGGCAACAAUCCAACGGAAUUGGAUGCCCUCGUGUUUGGUCAUCUGUAUAGCAUUUUUACCAUGAAGUUGCCAAACAAUGUGCUCGCCCUAACGAUCCACAAGUACAGCAAUUUGAACCAGUUUUGCUUAAACAUUGACCAGACGUAUUUCACGGCGAAGGAAAAGGGCAAAGGCAUGAAGUAAU